AUGAGUGACAGGGACAGGUCGUCGCCCUCCCUUACGGACACCCCGCUCAAGACCUAUAUUGGCCGACACGACGACGACUACCCCCUAAUAAACGGAAACGGUGAGUACCAAAAGCUAAGGGCAAGCGUGCUGCAGCCAGCGCGCCGCCCGCUGCAGCUGCUCGUGCAGCGGCUCUGGGGCACUAGGUCACGCGUGCACGUCUCCUCCGCGGUUCUUCCGCGCACUCGUUUUGCCGCAUUGGGUCCGCUAGAGUUCGAUCGACCCGUCCCUUACCCCACACCGAAUUUCGAGAAAGUGGUGCAGAGGGCUGGAGUCGGCGCUGUGGUACCGGUGUCAGCUGUCGCCGAUCGAUACCCGGUGACCUUAAGACUCAGAUUAGAAGUUUUCCAAACAUUUUUUGCUAGCACUCUGUUCCGCGUUUCAAAAUAA